CGCUCGCAUCUUCGGCCCUUGUUCCGUUAUUGCUCCCCUAUCCCCUCCCCGUUUUUUGGUACCGUGUCGGUUAUCACCCCCGCACCGGAGUUUCGCAGUCGAUGAUUGGAGUUUGAAUCAACGAAGAGAAAACAAAAAAAAAAAAAAAAAACACCUCGAACCGGGCGAGGGUUCGCUCUCAUGUGUUUGCUCGCGUGUUUUCGUAUCAAGAAGAAGAAAAAGAAGCCGGUGUCUGAGGAGAAAAAGGUGAAACAGCAGCCAAAGGGCAGUAGAAGGCAUCGGCGUAGCGCUGCCGGCCUCCACCAGGCGCUGAACAACAACGAGGCGAGGGUUUACGCGAUAAGCGGCGGUGAUAGUGUCGGUAUCGUUAAAAUGGGCAUCUCUUCGGUCGAGUGCGUCGUCAGACAAGCCGGUGGUAGCGGCAACAACGGCCACCAUCACCACCACCACAGUCAUCACCAUCACCACCAGCAACAACAACAACAACAACAACAACAACAGCAGCAUCAUCACGGUGGCAAUAACAAUAAUAACCACAACAAUUCGGUGAUAAGCAGUAACAAUAACAACAACAAUAGCAUCAACACCAACAACAGUAUAAACAACAACAAAAUGCACCAUCACGCGCCCUGCCACUGUUGCUCGUUGGUGCAGCUCGGGCACUUGGGUCAUAAUUUGCACCAGCAGCAGCAGCAACAACCAUUGGUACCUAGUGUCCAUCACAAUCAAGCGCAACAGCAGCCGAGCGGCAAGCACCACCACCACCAUCACCACCACCAUCACCACAGUCACAAUGUGCAGGAGGUGCUGGUUGCGCCGAACAACAAUCAUCAGCCCGCGGCCGAGACGCACAUAUUUUCGCCGCUCAAGGGCAAGAUGAAGGUGCUCAAGAAACUCAAGAAGAAGAUGGGACUCGGCGGUAGUCUAGCUCCGAGAUCGUCCAACGCGGUGACGAACAAUUUGCCCCCAUUGACCUUCCACACAGUCCACGGCGACAACAUAAGGCUCUGCAACGGCAACACCAUCGCCAGGCGACAAGAGAGCUUCUGCAAAGGCGUCACGUUCAGCGCCAGGCCCGUGCGCGUUGGUGAAAAGGUGUGCGUCAAGUUCCUCGAGAUCUCGGACAACUGGAGCGGUGUAAUUCGCUUCGGGUUCACGAGCAACGACCCGGUGAACCUCCGCAGCGGCCUGCCCCGCUACGCGUGCCCGGAUCUCACGAACAAGCCCGGCUACUGGGCCAAGGCCCUCGCCGAGAGGUACGCCGAGCGCGACACCGUCCUGUUCUACUACGUGACUACGGCCGGGGACGUGCACUUUGGGGUCAACGGCGAGGAGAAGGGCGUGUUCUUCAGCGGCGUCGAGACGCGCAGCGCCUUGUGGGCCAUCAUCGACGUGUACGGCAACAGCACGGCCAUCGAGUUCGUCGACCCGAACCGCCAGCACUUCAACAACAGUGGACGUCGCGGCGCGUCCAAUUCAUCGGCGACGACCACAACAGUGACGACGACACCAGCAACGGCAGGGACGACGAGUACGACUUCGGACUCGCACGCCGGUGAGGAUGGCGCGCACAGGCAUCCGGGCCUCGACGACGCCAGCAACGCCGGCCGCGACCUCGAGCGCAUCGUCGUACCCGCGAUGCAGAACGUCAGCAUACACCACGAGCCCGACGUCGAGCUGCCGGGCUUGCGAUUCCAGCCCCAGGGCAUGCUCUUCUCGCCUCUGUCCUUCCACUCGACGCGGGGUCGCAACAUUCGGUUCAGCAAUCAGCAGUGCGUGGCGACGCGUAGCGACACAGAGUUCUGCCACGGUUACUCCUUCACGAAUCGGCCGCUUAUUCUCGGUGAGCGCAUAGUGGUCCAGAUUUUGGCCACGGAGCCGAUGUACGUGGGAGCGCUGGCCCUAGGGUUGACGUCCUGCGACCCGAGUCGGUUGAGCGUGGACGACUUGCCCGACGAUAGCGACCUGUUGCUCGACAGGCCCGAGUACUGGGUGGUCUCGAAGGACGUGGCCUCGAGUCCUCAGCCCGGCGACGAGAUCGCCUUUACGGUCAGUCACUACGGCGAGGUGCAGAUGAGCAAGAACGGCGGCACCCCCACGGUCGUCAUGCACGUCGACCAGAGCCUCCAGCUGUGGGCGUUCGUCGAUGUCUACGGCAGUACUCAACGCGUGCGUAUGCUGCACAGCCGGCCGCCCUGUUCGCCGCCCCGACAGCAGCGACAAAUAAGCCAGCCGGCUAGUGGAAGUAACGCGGCAACGAUAGCCCCCGUGCCGAUGGCAGCGGCAGCCCCGGUGGUUCACAACGCGAACCUGCCCGAGGUGCAGUUCAAGCCCGCGGUGGGUGGUGGUACCGUCCUAGUGGUCAACCUGCCGCCUCAGGCCGCUUACCCGGCGGCCCAGCCGGUGCAGCCUAUCUACGGCCAGGCUCGUCCUCGGCCGCCGAUAUCCUCAGCUUCCCCGGCUACCAAUACGCUCGCGUCCACCGGCUCGUCCACCUACGUGGAACCCGUCAGUUACUCCGUCGUUCAGCAGCAACAGACGACGAUACCUCCCGAGGGAUCAUCCUCCUCCUCCUCCUCCUCCUCCUCCUCGCACAUGCAACAGUGGCGCGAGGGUUUGCAACCACCGGCACCUGGUCAGCCCAGCGAGUGCUCCAUCUGCUACGAGCGUAGCAUCGACAGCGUGCUCUACAUGUGCGGUCACAUGUGCAUGUGUUACACGUGCGCGCUCCAACAGUGGCGGGGCAAGGGUGGCGGCCACUGUCCGUUGUGCCGGGCGACCAUACGCGACGUCAUACGCAUCUACAGGUCCUGAAGCAUCGAGCCGAAACAGCGAACGACAAGUCCUGGCGAUGAUGGCCGUAGUAGGAGUAGUAACUGCCACUGUCACAGGCCGAGCUGGAGGUCCUCGUCCAGGGCUACUCGGCCGGAAAUGCCCGUGCCAAAGUUGCGUUGAGCCCUGUUGCUGCCCAUCGUUACUCUUAUCUUUUUUAUUAUCGUAGACGUCAAUUAACAUUGCCGCAUCUCGAUGGAGGGGACACACGCACACAGAUUGCUCUGCUGUUGGUGCUUAUGACUGAUUACAAUGUGACGUAUGCUACGACAGCUCGUUGACUGCCGGAGUUUAUAUAUCGUGACUUUUUUUUUUU